CUACCAUGUAGUCAACCACCUAGUACAAAAUAUUCCAAGUCGACAAUGCCACGGGCGCAAGGCUUUUUUUGUCCUAAGCUCAUGAAUAUUGAACCAUGGUUUUACUUUUGCCGUUUUUGCAUUUCGAGAAGGCCCAGAAUCAGAGCUAUUGUCUGAAUUCAAUUCCCCCACCUCAAAAUAAGGGAAGAAUAAUCAGGGCUAUUCUUUCCUUUUUUAUAAAACAAAGAAUCAGUGCUUUAUAUAUAUAUAUAUAUAUAUAUAUAUAUAUAUAUAUCAAGGACAUAGCUAUUUUAGCCCAAACCAAUUUACAGAAGAGCGUAGCAAGCUAGCAGCUCAAGCCUCAAAUACCAGGAACCAUAUUGAUUCCCAAGGGGUUGUUCUAGUGGUUCAAAGGUCUCCUGAGAAGCAUUCUUCAAAAUUCCCAAGUUGGUAUCUUGGGGCUGCCUCCCAUUCCUCCGUAUAAGCACUUGGUGAUUGUGUGGGACACAAGACUACACACACCCUGAGAAAUAGUCAAGGUCUCGAAGGCCUCUAGACACCCACAUUAUCAAACCGUGCAAAAAAAAAAAAAAAGAAGAACCUGAUUUUUGGGUAUUCAUGCAAAUUGGAUGAAACAGUGUUCUGUUGAGAGGCAGUUGAUUUACAAUUAACUUGUUUUGAUGUUAUAUUAAGUUCCAACUUAUAAUCUGUUUGGAUACUGAGAAAAUAGAUAUUUUUUAAUGAAAACAAAUUUGGAUGCUUUUAUAUUCUUUUGGUUGGUUAGUAUGAUACAAAAAGGCUUAACAUAUUUGAACUUAAUAAUUGUAAAAAAACUAAGUUCUGGUAGUGUACUCUAUCCAGUUAUAAAGGAGCAUUAUUAUCUUAUUUUCUAUGGGAAUAAUCACAUCAAUCUAAUUGUCCUAAUUUGUUUUAAUAGCAAGUUAUUUAUUCAGUCAGGAUAAACCCAAUGGUUAUUGCAUGUAUAUGAAUUUUUUUCAUGCUCAGAGGUGUUUUAUAAAUGCUUGGAAGUUUUAAUUUAUCUUGAAUUAUCCCUUAUUGUGUUAACUUUUCUGCAAGUGAUUCUUUUUAUUUUGUUAAGUGUUUUAACAAUCAGGAAAAGAGCUUUCUUUCUAAUAAACUUGAGGGUUUGGAUUAAUGUGCAGGGCUGAUUUUGUUCAUUUAGAAUAGCAAUUGACCGAGUAUUUUCUCAGAAUGGAUCAACAACUGUUACGUUUAUGUCAGGUGGAAACCAAGAGUUUGAUAUGGGUUACAGGCAUGAUGUUUGCUGCGAUUUUAGUGUUCCAGUAUUUUGAACUUCCAUAUGGUAACGUUCUCUCAUCUUUAUUUUCUGCUGAUAAGGUUUCGGUAGUGAGAAAUGGUAGCAUCUGGACUGGACAUUCACCAAAUAAAUCUGAGAUGAUUAAUAACAUGACAGUUUUGAUUGGUUCAAACACUACAUAUGCUAUUAAUGAGAGAGCUAAUAAUACCGGAAUCUUCAAUGGAAGGGACAGAAACCCACAGGAUGCUUCUGUACGAGAUAGAAAUGGAGGCACAAACCAAUCUCUAAAAUUUGAUGAGGAAAUCAAUGCUGAUAAGGAGUCUUCAUCUGAAUAUUUGGUAGAGCCAAAUAAAAUUUCCAUGGCUGAUACUGUCAAGAAUGUAGAUGAUGGAUCUGCACCGGAGGAGGCUAGAGAACCUGAACAGAGUUCUUAUGUCAAGAAUGAUACUACAAAUAGUAACUUUUCAAUGCAUAAGAUUGAAGAGGAUGAAAACUCUUCCACAUCAGAACAUAUUGAAAGUUCAGAUGCUGGUUUUGCAUCCCCUUCGCCUGCAUUACCUCCUAUGACUUCAUCAUAUGCAUCUUCUCAAUCUGUUGUAGAUAUAGAAAGUACACCACCUGUUGUUGAUUCCAACACGACUUUAUUUGAGAAAGACAUAACAACGGCUCCCGAUUUUAAUGAAAACUCUGGGAAUUUGAGAGGUGAACUCAAUCCAUUGGGUGAUAAUUCUUCCAUUUUUUCCCCUAACAGAGUCACUGGGGUGAAUAAAGAGCUUGAGAUGCCAACCUCUUCAGUGGUUUCAAUAUCUGAGAUGAACAAUUUGUUGCUUCAGAAUCGUGCUUCAUACCAUUCAAUGACACCACAAUGGCCUUCAGCAGUUGACCAAGAACUGCUACAUGCAAAGUCACUGGUCGAGAAUGCACCUAUCAUAAAGAAUGAUCCAAGUCUUUAUGCCCCUCUUUAUAGGAAUGUUUCCAUGUUCAAAAGGAGCUAUGAAUUAAUGGAAGACACUCUUAAAGUAUAUAUUUACAGGGAAGGAAAAAAACCUGUAUUACACCAGCCACGACUCACUGGAAUAUAUGCAUCUGAGGGAUGGUUCAUGAAGCUGCUGGAGGCUGACAAAAAUUUCAUUACUAAAGACCCAAGAAAAGCCCAUCUGUUUUACUUACCCUUCAGCUCUCUAAUGUUGGAGGAAACCUUGUAUAUAGCUAAUUCACACAGCUUUGAUAACCUUAUACAGUAUUUGAAGAACUAUUUGGACCUGAUUGAAGCAAAAUAUCCUUUCUGGAACAGAACUGGGGGAGCUGAUCAUUUUCUUGUUGCUUGCCAUGACUGGGCCCCAACAGAAACAAAUCAACUUAUGGCUAAGUGCUUAAGAGCUCUCUGCAAUGCUGAUGUCAAAGAAGGUUUUGUUUUAGGCAAGGAUGUGUCUCUUCCUGAAACAUAUGUGCAUUUGGUUAAAAAUCCACUCAGGGAUAUUGGAGGCAAACCUGCUUCCCAGAGGUCAAUUCUUGCUUUCUUUGCAGGAAAAAUGCAUGGCUAUUUACGGCCAAUUCUGUUACAGCACUGGGAAAAUAAAGAUCCUGACAUGAAAAUCUUUGGUCGAAUGCCUAAGUCCAAGGGAAAUAAGAAUUAUAUCCGUCACAUGAAGAACAGCAAGUAUUGUAUAUGUGCAAAGGGUUAUGAAGUCAACAGCCCACGCAUAGUGGAAGCCAUAUUUUAUGAAUGCGUCCCAGUGAUUAUAUCUGACAAUUUUGUGCCACCGUUUUUUGAAGUUUUGAAUUGGGAAUCCUUUGCUGUUUUUGUCUUGGAGGAGGAUAUUCCAAAUUUGAAGAGUAUACUCCUUUCAAUCCCAGAGAAGAGGUAUCUCCAGAUGCAGAUGAGGGUCAAGAAGGUACAAAAGCAUUUUCUUUGGCAUGCUAAGCCUGAGAAGUAUGAUAUCUUUCAUAUGAUUCUACACUCAGUUUGGUACAAUAGGUUUCAUCAAUUAAGCCCCAGAUGACACAGACACAUUGCAGACCUUAUGUUUCUGGAGUUAAAUUGAAAGAAUCCCUAGUGGGCAAGUGUAAUAAGAAGCAAAUGAAAAUAGGCAGGAGGACACUCAGUAUUAGGUACAAGAACAGAACAAAUUCUUUUGAUGUAUAUAUUUUUAUACAGAAGGAAGUUAUUUUGCUGAGCAUAUAUACCUUUCUCUUUAUCUUACUCUGCUUUCAAAGUCAACAGCUAGUGUUUUCUAAAUUCUUUCUUUUAAAAUUAGUUGACCUCUC